CCUGUAGCAGGAGAUAGAAACGGUCUGUGGGCCGGUGGAGGGAUGAAACAAGUGAAGGGGAUGUAGCAGACAGGCUCACAUUAUUAACUCCACCUCACGCUCUCCACCUCGUCGGCUCCACUCCUCUCACUCCGCUGUAGCAUCCUCCUUUUAGCAGAAAAGGACGAGCGAUCCUUAGCGGCGCUGCACCCGAGCUUCAUGGCCGCGACCCUGGCGAUGAGCGGCGGCGGGCAGGAGGACCCCUUCUACCCGCUGCAGAAGGCGGCUCUGCCCGCAGGAUUCCCCCUGGAAGACUCGCUGUUGUUCGGCUUCGACUGCAAGAUCACAGAAACAGACAAGACUGGACACAAUGACUACGCACAGGCAAAGUUUGAGAUGGACAGGUACCUCUCCCCUCAGUCUCUACCACUUCAACCUCACCAAAGUCAGCAGAAGAAUCAGAGAGACUGUGUGUCCGCGCUGGAUCAGUUCUUCACUGACAACCAUACAGGGGCCCCCUACACCCUCAACAUGAAUCUGUACCUCCCCGACGCCGCCUACCUGAGGAUGGGCUUGUGUCAGCAGGUGCGGCCGCCUCAGCAGCAGAACCACACAGGUCUCACCCAAAUCAAAACAGAAUCUGCUCCCCCGUGUUUCUCCCCCAACAUCCAGCUGCACUGCUCCAACACAACGCCCACCAGUAGCUGCAGCACAUCUGGGCAUGGCCCCGGCAGCAGUGCCAUGGAAACCUCAGCCAUAAACAUGACGCUAACAGGGUUGCCGGACUUCACCAGUGUUUUUAACCAUGCGGUAGACGGCCGCGGUGAUGAGUCGGUACCAGAAGUGUUCAUCAAACAGGAAAUGUCACCGCAGUUUGAACAACACGCUCUCCACCACCAUGACAACAGCGGCUCACUGUUUCAGCUACUGAACUCCGGCUUGGACCAUCACCAUGGCAAUGGUAUGGAGGCUCAGCAUCAUCAUCACCACCAUCAUCAUCAGCAGAUACAGCACACUUCCACAAUCCACACACCUUUCCAUGACAUGCCGGUAGCUUCUUCUGCGUCUCAACAAGAGCAGACAGCCAAGCCUGCGUACUGCGGCCUGGGUGGCCGGGUGUACACACACCCCCACGCUCAGGCCCACCCCCACUUCCUCCAGCACCAGACGCCCUACCUGCCGCCCUCUCCCCCGAGCUCGGAGCCCGGCAGCCCUGACAGGCAGAAGGAGCUGCUUCACACCAUGUCCCCGCCUCCCUCAUAUGCAGCCACCAUCGCCUCCAAGUUGGCAGGCAGCCCCCCUGGGAUAGGCCCCGGCCCAGGACCAGGUAGCUUAGCCCUCCCCCUCACCACAGCUCCCACUCCGUCCCCAGGCCAAGCUUCAGGCGUUCCCCAAGUACCUGCAACAACCCCAACUCCAGCCCAGAACACCAUGUCUGCACGCUAUAACCGGAGGAACAACCCAGAUUUGGAGAAACGACGGAUCCAUCACUGUGAUUACCCAGGCUGCAAGAAGGUCUACACCAAGUCGUCCCAUCUGAAAGCCCACCUCAGGACCCACACGGGUGAGAAGCCGUACCGGUGCACGUGGGACAGCUGCGACUGGAGAUUCGCCCGAUCCGACGAGCUGACGCGCCAUUUCCGGAAGCACACGGGCGCCAAACCCUUCCAGUGCGCCGUCUGCUCGCGCUCCUUCUCCCGAUCCGACCACCUCGCUCUGCACAUGAAAAGACACCAGAACUAGCAGCGUUUGCACACACACACACACACACACUGCAAACACACAAGCACUAUGUUGACACACCCAAAGCACUCACUUCAUCUUCCACAACGUUACAAGCUGCCUGAUGACACCACAGCUGCUCCUGGUGCUGCUAUCCUGUGCUGAAACCGUACGAUAGCCUAACAAACAUGUUGCUUUUUAAACGCGAGUGGGACGAAUCGGAGGUUGUAAGGUAGAACAAUAAUUGCCAGAUGUAGUUCCUGGUCCCUUAACCUCCAGAUAUACUUAGUAUAGAUUUCUUUGGACAAACACAGAAAAGAAAAAUUAUAACAAAAAGAAAAUGGUAGCUCCAAAAUGUCUCAAGCUUUUUUUUGUUGCAAAACUAGUCAAACCACUUUUUUUUUGCUCCAUGGUUUGUUAGUUUGCUCAUAUAACUGGAACAUCCAGGUUUGAGUUUUUACCAAAUCCUUCGGUUUGCACUGGAAAUCUUAAAUCGGAGCCUUUUUUGGCCCAUGCAUCUCAUUCACCACUGGAAAGAUCCUUAUCACUACUGGACUGAAUAUUUGUGAACGCCACAGAAACCUUUGCUGUUCAGAUAUAAAACAUUGAAGGCAUUUAUACUCUGGAGAGGGAAGAUAGUGCAGGAAGAAACGAGGGAGGGGUGGAGAUGAAGAGAUAGAAAGAUUUUAGUUUUUAUAGAGAGGAGAUGUGAGGACAGAGGAAGGUGGAUGGAUGGUAAAGAGCAGCAAUUAGGUGAUACAUUAUUCAUGAUGUCUUUUGAUGGAUUUCCAACCAGAGAAAUGUAAGCAGAACCCGUAGACAUAUCUGAGAAUUAAUUCAGUUAAAACUGAAUUUGACUUUAUUUUGAUGCACAAGCUUGAAUUAAGCAUCUUCAAAAUACAAUUACCCGUACAUCUAUCUCAUCCAGCCUUUUUACGUUCAACGUUUUAACCAAAGUAUGAUCUUCAUCCUCAACACCUUAUAAAGUGCCUCCUUCUCUGAUUUGUAUGUGUUUUUGUUAAGUGGUAGCAGAGCUGUGAUCAAUGUAGAAAGUCCUUUUUAAACACACUUGGUGCUGUUUUUAUUUCUUAAUCUAUUGAAAGCUCUAAAAAAAAAAAGUGAAUUAUUUUUAAAUGACAGGUUUACCCAUUAUUCGUUGUGAUUUAACAGAUUGGCUCAGGCCACUUUACGGACAUCCUGAUGUUGAUUUUUUUUUAAUGAAAUGACAGUCAGUCUUCUCUCUGACUCUGUACACAACUAAUUACAUUGAGGUUCUAUCAGUCAAUCAAACACGGACAUAUGUUUUGUUGAAGGAGAAGUUCACAAUAUUUAAAGUCUUUCUUGAAACAACAUGUCCGUAUAUUGCAAGAGUUGUUGCUGCAAGUGUUCCUGCAGCUAGCCCCAAUCAAAACAUGUUCAAUGUCAAUGAUGGGAAACAAAAAUAACAGUAUAUGUGAAACAACAUGAUUAUAUUAGGCUUCUAAUCUCAAAAUAAUCAGGGCAAAAUAAUCAAAAACACUAACUUUGUAAGAUACCCAGCUGAUUUUGAUUGAUUGAUCUCAAAGAGACUUUAGUUAAAAUUAGGAAGACAUUUAUUUUUUUACCAAAAAAGGAUUUUGUUCCCCAUCGCUUUCAUUGAUAUUGCUUUAGGGAAAUGUCAAGUCACACUGACUAUAAUGGACUAUUUUAAUUGACAUAUGAACAUGAGAGUAUUUUUAAAGACAGAACAAAUGUGAACCUUUCAACAUACGCUUGUCCGCUUUGAUUGUGUGAUUCAGCCUGCACCUAUAACUGUAUUUGUUCAUUCACUGCAGGUAGCAUACAUAUGAUAUAGCACUGUAAUGUAUCAUGGUAAAUCUGACUAUUUAUUUGUGUAGAACUGGGGGUUGUAUCAGAUCAACCGUCUUUCUCCCCAGCAAAAAUGCCUUAAUGUAAAUAUAUGCACUGUAAAUAAGUAUUGAUUUUAUUUUUUUUUAAGUUUCCCUUUUUUGUCAUUGUUUUGUAAACAAAAGGGCACAAAGAGGAAAAUGCCCUGCAUCCAAAAAUAUUUGAGCCUGUUUUUUAUUUUUUUUAUUUUGAUGCCAUUGUUUUAUAUAUUGUCCUUCCAGCAACUUAUUUUGUAGACUUGUUUUCUUCCUAGGUAAACGUUCCAAAGACAAAAGUUGUUUUUUCUUCAACUGAGUGAAACCGAUCCUAAUAAAGUCAACUGACACUUUUACAUA